AGCUGUUCGUGAAAACACAAGUGUUCAAAAUGGGGACAAACAAUUUGAAAUUCUGCCUCUUUCUGUCGUGUUUGAGUCUGUUAGCGUUUGAAGGACUCGCCCAGCCUCAGAUUCAACCAAUCUCCUCUGUUCAGCCGCUCACCACUGGACAACGAGUAACCCUCGAUUGCACGGUCACCAACACCAACAUGAAUGAAGAUAUCGAGUGGUACCAUGACGGAGAUGUUGUCAGCUUUGGUCAGAAUCUUCUCCGCGAUCGGGAAGGAGCCUACACCCUGCAAGUGACACAAGAACAAGGGGUGCCCUCUACGUAUCACUGGAUCAUCACCAUCGCCAAUGCCAAUAUUAUACGUGAUGAAGGGUCCUGGAGCUGCAACUUUGCACCUGAAGGGUCAGUGGCGCAAGUAGUGGUGACGGACCUUCUUGUAAUUGGACCUCCAUUCGUCAGCUUCGUCACGUCCAACCUGAACAACCCCCCGCUCAACAGCGACGUCCGUCUGGAGUGCGUGGCCACCGGUAGUCCUCUCCCCAGCGUCACCUGGUCCAGGACCUACCCGGUCCCCUACAUCCUGGUGGACGGUGCCAGAAAGGGCUUCGUCAGGCAGAUCUCCAACAACACCAUCAGACUCAACCCGAUCACAAUGGACCACCGAGGAGAGUACAUGUGCUCGGUGACCAACGGCCAUGGUGAGAUCCAGACGAGAAAGGCCUAUGUCCAACUCCCAUACGCGCCUGAGGUGACAGCAACGCUCAAGAACAUCCGGGUGCCGGAGAAUUCCGAAGCGGUCCUUGCUUGCAUCAGCCAGGCCUACCCUGCUACUGCAACUGAAAGUGAUGUGAUGUGGACUCUAAAUGGCAAUGCCGUGGACCCAAGUCAGGGUUCUAAUGUAGAUGUAGACCGUCACCCUGAUAAUUUCAACGAUGAACGCUACUACUCGCGCUUGACUAUCCGAAGCGUCAAUAGCAACCAUGUUGGAACCUACGAGUGCAUCUUUACCAACCAACAAGGGAUAGGCUCUGCUACCGUGACUCUCGGAAUGGAACCGACCAUCGACCCAAACUUCGGAGCCAAGAAUGAGCUGUAAAACUCCUGAGAAACCGUUCCGUCUUUUACUCGCCCUUUUCAUGAUCAGUACUGCUUGGAGAAAUAGGGAAUGCGGUCUACUUAAUAGAUCUCGUUAGAUGUGCAUAAAUCAAUGGUUUUUAGCACAGGGGGUCAUGGCCAUCACACCCAUAUGAAAUUGCAUUUAGGAGGUGCAUGUUGAGGAUGAGGGGGGGGGGGGCAGUGAUAAGGAAUGCAAUCUGGGAUUAUAGGGAAAACAAAAAUGGAAGAACUGCUGUUUUUUUUCCUAAAAAUUGCUGGGUUACAAGUGAUAAUAAUUAGGUCUGUAAUUUGGGAUAAUAAGGGGGGAAAAUUGAAUAACUUGUGUUUUUACCCUUAAAAGUGCUGUAUUACUGCAGUAGUCUCACAGCUGUGGAGUGAUGAAAACUUUUGAAAUUCAGCCUUUAGAGAAAGCAUCACAUAUUAAGCAAUCUUAUAAAAUGUAUUAUAUUUUAACGGAUUAAGAAAUUUAGCUACACAUACAUGUAUCCGGUUAUCUGGUUAACCUUUGGUAAUUCUGCAGCGUGUAUAAUUCAUAUGGGGAACGCUGUGCGGUAAUCCAGUAAUUGAACUGUCAUGAAUUUUGUAUCUAAGGAUUUUAGAGGCUGAAGUCACAAUAGCUCUCAGGGUAAAACAAUUGAUAUUUUGCCCCCCCCCCCCC